CCUCUGGCGUGGCUCAACGCAGGCUAGGUAACACCGCUUCCACUAACAUUCUCGAUUCUUCUGUUCGCAGCUCUGAGUCGUAUCAAUGUGAGCCAAGCAAACUGAAUGCAAAGCACAUCAGUAGACUAAGUCUUACUCAAAUCACCAAGAAAAUGUUGGCGCUAAGUCAAUCUAUGAAGAGUGAGUCAAGCAAUCCGUCUUUUCAAAGCACAGGUACAUUUCCUGCCCAGCAGACAACAAGCAACACGAAGAGUGUGGGCAAAAGCAGCUGGAUCCGUCCGACUCUAAAAGCUUCGAUGACCCAUGGGCAGAGGAACCUGGGCCCAAGUGAUCAGCAUCCCAAGCAAAGUCAAAAAGCCCAACAGAAUACAACUUGUGACUCCAUUAUCCACAGUCACCUUACUCCAAGAUCGGGCCAUCAAAGCAAGAGUAGCUCCCAGGGUGGAGGUGUUUCUGGACACCAGCGUAUGGUAACGUCUGCUUAUUCAGAGAGGGAUAAUGGGUUGGGGAGCAGUCACUCCACUAAUGGCUCCAUGGCACCCUUUGCUGUUACACACGCAGGGAGUGAUGGGGGCAAACCCAGCAUAGACCACGGCAGAAGUGCUACGCCUGGACAGUACACCAAUGUCAAGAUGAGUAACGAAGCUCAGGGUUUCAGACAGAAUCUCAUUCCUCUGGCCCACACUGAGGACUUUAAAAGUGCUUUUCAGAUGAACCCUAGUUCUGGUAUGGGUGAUGGUGGCCCUGUGCGAUCCCCGUUCUCACCUAUGCAGCAUCGGCCAACCAAAUUUGACUCCCAACAUCCGCCAAGUCCUGACACCACUCGAGGCCACAAGUCUGGAGGGUCCAGUGGCACUAGACGUGUGCAUGUCUUCGGUGGCCCCCCUAGCGGGCUCCUGCAGCCCAGAACUAGAUGGUAUGCUCCAGAACCACGCUCCCCAAUGACCCUCAGUCAGAGAUACCAAAACCUCAAAGCCAGUAAAGCUGUUCAUUCAAGUCCAAUCCAAAGUUCUGGGCGUAAUGAAAUGUCCCAACAAGGCUCCUCAAGUAACACCAUUACUACUGCCAAUGGUCACUUUAUUCUGAACUCUGGCCUCCAAAGCUCAGUCGGCUCUCAGAGAAGAGGAAACUUUCAGAGACAGGAUCUUGGAAAAGGUGCUCGUAUUCAAACCAGAUUUGGUUAUGUCAGAGUACCACUGUCAGCUGUGAAUUUCCCAGGUCAUACUGGUCCUGAUGGAAGACGCACAAGUUACUCUACCAGUGGCUCAAUGGUGCCCCCUGCUGUUCUAAAAAGACUUUCAGAGUUGGAUCUCAGACUGGCCCGUUUGACCCAGACAAAAAGUUCCACAAGUAGCUAUGUGAUUGGCACUCGAGUGAAAUCGCCCUCCAGCUCAAAGAAGAUAAAACCCAUGAGCAAGUUCAAGCCCGUCAACCCGGCUGACAUCGGUGGAAGUGCUGCAUUCAGAGCAAAUAAGCCUCGGUCUCCUUCAGAAUCUAAUAAAAAAAAUGUUGUUCCAGGCAGACAGAGGAAUGGAUUUCUAGACUCUGCUGGUGUGCGUAGUGUGGCUCAACACAGGCUAGGUAACACCGCUUCCACUAAAAUUCUCGAUUCUUCUGUUCGCAGUUCGGAGUCGGAUCAACGUGAGCCAAGCAAACUGAAUGCAAAACACAUCAGUAGACUAAGUCUUACUCAAAUCACCAAGAAAAUGUUGGCGCUAAGUCAAUCUAUGAAGAGUGAGUCAAGCAAUCCGUCUUCUCAAAGCACAGGUCAAUUUCCUGCCCAGCAGACAACAAGCAACACUAAGGGUGUGGGCAAAAGCAGGUGGAUCCGUCAGACCCUAAAAGCUUCGAUGACCCACAGGCAGAGGAACCUGGGCCCAAGUGAUCAGCAUCCCAAGCAAAGUCAAAAAGCCCAACAGAAUACAACUAGUGACUCCAUUAUCCACAGUCACCUUACUCCAAGAUCGGGCCAUCAAAGCAAGAGUAGCUCCCAGGGUGGAGGUGUUUCUGGACACCAGCGUAUGGUAACGUCUGCUUAUUCAGAGAGGGAUAAUGGGUUGGGGAGCAGUCACUCCACUAAUGGCUCCAUGGCGCCCUCUGCUGUUACACACGCAGGGAGUGAUGGGGGCAAACCCAGCAUAGACCUAAAGACUGUCCUGUUAGAUCCAAGAACUGCAAAUGUAACCCAGAACACAAAAUCCACAAGUAGCUUUGUGGCUGGCAGACGUGUGAUUAUAAAAGAAGAGGUAAAGCUUUAGUCAGACCACUUUCCACCCCAGAAUCCUUACAGCAGAGUAAGACCAUAAUUAACUUGAAACCUCAACAACUCUGAUGUUGGUGCUGUCUGAGUGCAGUGAAGACUGUCUGGUCCUGGUUGGUGCUGUCUGAAUGCUGGUGAUUUUUAUGUCCAGGCCAUUUGUAACUCCACGUGAAGCAGUCCAAGACACUCAAAAGCUUUGGCUCCAUUCCAUCUGGACAUGCCACUACAGUAUUCUCCAAACCCUGAGAUGGCUCAACACAAGUAAUCCCCCAUUAAUUUAUGAUGACUGACAGUUCCAGGUUUCUCCAGAGGGAACGCUUUGGAUGUGACUAAAAAGGCAGACUGGUUGGACUGGACUAUAGCUUGGACUCCAGAUGGUCUUUUUUGUGAUCCUGCUUAUUGCAACUUUAAUGAUUUCUGCUCAAGAGAUUCUGAAUGUUUCUGUGAAACGGAUCCAAAUCAAGGUUGCAAUAAAUUGUUCAAACUUUAA